AUGGCGAAUAACAGACGAAGCCCUUCAACAUCAUCUCUUUGCAGUGCCGGAUGUGGGUUCUAUGGAAGCGAACUAUACGGAAAUAUGUGUUCAAAGUGUUUUGUAUUGUCCAUUCAAAAAGAACAGGCCAAACAAGAUGAGCCCACCAAGGCUUCUCAAGCAAGUAAUGCUCAUACGAGUGAAAUGUUUCCCAGACGCAAGCAUCCCAGAUCCCCUUCUCCAGUUCUAUCUGAUAUAAUUUCAGACACAACGGAACUAUCCACAAUUGUAGCAAUUGGUGAUAGUCCGCAUUUACGAAAUGGACCACAAGAAAGACCAGUACAAGUACAACAAGGCAGAUGCUUCCGAUGCAGAGUCAAGGUUCCACUCGCAAAGCAGACGAUUAACAAAUGUCGCUGCGAGUAUGUUUUUUGUGAUGCCCAUCGAUAUCCCGACCGUCAUGACUGUGAAAUUGAUGUUUGCCGUUUGGACAGAGUGACACAGUUCGCAGUUUUGCUGGCGAAGAACAAUCCUAAACUUCAUGAACGACCAAGAGGCGGCCGAUCCUUUAGGCGCAUCGAUAGUCCCUAA